CUGGGAGGGAGGAGGGCGUCUGCUCCAUUAUCGCUGCCUCAACCCUGCGUGGCGGAUCCUCCCCGCGCCGCCCAGACAGGUUCAGGCCCCACACCCGGCACGGCCCAGCCCGCCGCGAGCCCGGCGCAAGGGAUCCAAGUAGCGAAGGCCUCAAUUUAUCCUGGCCUUCUACCGCAGUUUAUGCCAGGCUUGGAGGCUCUUCACUGUGGUGGCUAAUAUCGAUUUCAUUCUGUAGAAUUUUAAGCAGUGUACUGCUAGACGUGGAAAUAAUGUCAGCCCGGGGCAUAGCCAAGAAGCGGCAGAAGAAUGUGAGUAAGUCUCAGCGAGCCAACGUGCUGUUCCCGGUGGGCCGCCUGCACCGCUACAUGAAGGCGGGCCCGGGCACCCGCAGGCUCAGGAUAGGCGUCGGGGCGCCCGUGUACGCCGCGGCCGUCAUCGAAUACCUCACAGCGGAGGUGCUGGAGCUGGCUGGCAAUGCAGCACGUGACAAUAAAAAGUCCCGCAUAACCCCCAGACACAUUCUGCUUGCCAUUGCCAAUGAUGAGGAGUUGCAUCAGCUGCUGCGUCAUGUCACCAUCGCAUCGGGUGGCGUGCUACCCAAAAUCCACCCUGAGCUACUAGCCAAGAAGAAGGGUGGCAAGUUCAUCACAGGCGCCAACACACCCGUCACUGUGCCAUACAAGAAGCCCAUCGCCACUAAGCCACCAACUCACAAAAAGGUGACCACAGCAAAGAUGAAUGGCAGUGUGAUGGGAGCCUCAGCUGCAAGUACUCCCACCUCUGCUGCUGCCACUCCUGCCUCCUCCACACCACCAGGCAAGACCCCUGGCUCCCCUGCCAGUGUCACCUCAGGUUCCUCAACACCAGUCAAACUGAGAGCCAAGGGUAAAGACAUUGCAUCUGCUGGGGGUGCCUUCACAGUCCUCUCAGAAAAGAAACUUUUCCUUGGACAAAAGUUGACAGUGGUGCAGUCAGACAUAUCAACAGUUGUGGCAGAUGCUGUCGUCCAUCCCACCAACGCUAAUCUUGACUUCCUGGGUGAGGUUGGUCUGGCCCUCAGUAAAAAAGGGGGCAAGGCUCUCCUUGAUGAGGUGCGGGACUUGGCCAACUGUAAGGGUGCUCUGCCCUCCUGUGAUGCUGCAAUCUGUAAUGGGUGCAACCUGCCAGCACGAUGGGUGAUCCAUGUCAAUGGGCCAACCAAUGGAGAUGUGGAUGCUUUUGACAAGCUGGAACGCUGUGUUCGAAACUGCCUGGUGGUGGCUGACACCCGCAACUUUAAGUCUUUGGCACUGCCCUCCAUUGGCAGUGGAAAAGCUGGCUUCCCCAAGCAGCAAGCAGCACAGACUAUCAUAAAGUCCAUCUGUAACUACUUUGUUAAUGUGAUGUCAUCAUCCCUGAAGCAGAUUUACUUUGUGCUCUAUGACAUGGAGAGUAUAGGAGCCUACACGGCAGAACUGGCCAAGCUGGACUCUUAAAGUUGCACAGGAGUGUAUCAGCCCCAAUACAGCAGCCCCACUGCCCAAGCCAAGGCAUUAGAAGACUGCUGCAUUGUGUCUGAAAGCCUCAAAGGUUAUAGUACAAGACAUCCCCUGUGUUUGAACUGCUGAGUUUGAGAUUGUUGUGAAUGGCUUUAGCAUAAUACAUAUUUCGACAUGUGCUGAAUGCAAGGAGUUCAUCUGCACCCAUGCCAUGCCCUACCAUAAGUUUCAGCUGCUUGUGUGGGCACAUUGGCUCUUGGAUAUAUGUGGCUACUGCUUGUUUGUGUGUCAGCAGUGUCAUUCUUUCACUCUUGUUUGUGGUUUGUUAAGCUAGUGAGCACUGCCCUCCAGACUCUUAAGAUUAGAGCAAAUGAAAUAAUACAAUUUACUACAAACAAAUAACGUGAAAAUUAGAUCGAUUGAAAAUUGACAUCCAUAUCAAGUGAAAGAUAUUUUGAAUCACCUUUCUUGUCUUCAGUUUUUGAGAAAGGAAAAAAGACCUUUGAAUUCCCAAUUAUGCAGCCAUACAAUUGUUUGCAAGAUCUGCUGUGGAAUUGACUAAAUACCUCUAAUAUUUUAGCUGAAUCUGAAGUAUGAAUGUCAAAAAAUACUUAAAUUCCAAUAUUAUAAGUUUCCGUUUGAAUGUUUAUGUGAUCUUAAUCUGCAAGGGAAUGAUGGUAGACACUACAUGAUACGUUCACAUGCUGAAUAACAGGCUGUGUUGAAACACCCAAUGGGUAGCACAGAUGUUUUGCAGAGUGCCUGUAGGGCACCAUUCCCUUAUAAAAGAGGAUAGAUGCAUGGGCACCACAUGGCCAGUGGAGGGCUGUGAACUUUUUAUACCUUUAUUAUAUAACCUACAACCCAUGUACUAAUUAAUAUUCCACUUUAGUCCAUUCACUUUACCUGGAUCCCUAGCUCCUAGCCGAGUAAGUAAGGACACUGUUGAUUGCCUGUUGGAGGGCAAGGUGUCUGACAUCUCUGUCUCCCACCACACUAACCUAGGUUCAGAAAAUAUUCACAUUUCUGUACUUACCUCAUCUCUUACACUAAAUAAGCAAUUUUUGUUGGCACCAUUGGAUUAAGCAGUGAUUGUACAACUAUAACAUAAUUUUCAAAAUUUGAUAGGAUAAAAAAUUAUGAUGAGUAUAAAACAAAGAAAAACAUUUGAUUUUAUACCAUUUUUUACUUAUCAUCAAUAUUUGCAGCAAUUAUGGAGUCAAAUUUUUAAUAAAACAUUUGUUUUCAUACAUAAAUUCCUCUUUAAUAUGAUGGUAUUCUCAGAAUUUAGAUAUAGUGCAAUAUAUGAGGAGGCAGUGAAGGAUUUUUACUUGGUGUAGACAUCAAAUGUUAUUUUCUUUAAUAAUACUCACCAUAAUUUUAUUUUUUACCCUAUCGAGUUUCAAAAAUAAAGUUGUAGUUGUACACUCACUACUUCAUUUAAUGGUGCCAACAAAAUUUGCCUGUCUUGAGUAACAGAUGAGUUUAUUAUAGAAAUAUGAAUAUUUUCUGAACCUAGGUAAUCUUGUUGAGCAACGGAGGUCGCAGACACACACACACCAUCAGCCAAUCAGCAGCUUCCUUACUUGAUCGGUUAAGAAUCUUGCCACUGCUGGAAGGGAUCCAGCUUCAGUGAAUAAACUCUAGUUAUUGGCUGAGGGUGACAGAUGAGAGAGUCCUUGAAAAAAAGGCAUUUCAGCAAUAGGAAAAUGAACUUUAAGCAUCAUCCAUCAUCAAAAUUAUGUUAUGUAUCUGAAGGCCUUUUUUUCUGGAGAACAGUCUUUCUCUGGAAGUUUUAAGUAGUUUCAUAGAUUUAUCUGAUAUCUGAAUAUUAUUAUUCUAUUUUCUUUUCAGGCAGUUCACAGGGGUUAAGCAUUAAUGGCUUUUCUGUUUGUAUAUAUAUGUGUGUAUGUGGGUGGGUGGGUUUGCUUUACACAUGUGCAUGCACACAUGCUUGCAGGCAUGUGCAAGGUAGACAUGGGAUAGGACUGCCUAACAAAGUAAGUUUUUGUUGGAUGCUGGUCAGGACUGUGACUGUGAAGUUAAUGUAAGAGUGUUUACAUUUAACAAGACAGAAACUGUGGAAAAUUUUUGUGAUAAUUUUAUGCUAGUGAGGGCACUGCCCAUUUGAUCCUUGUUUUGUGAUUGGCUGUUGUGAUACGUUGUUAGAGUAUAUCUUUAUUAUUGUUUUGCUGUUGGCUAAAGUCUUUGUAAUCUAUUAAGAGCCCUAUGAGAUUAUAUUUAAAUCUAUUAUGAUUAUAUAGUACUGUAAGUAAUCAAUGAUAUAGUUUUGUUGGAUGUUCUUUAAAUCUCCUCAGGUACUGAAGGAAUGUGUGAUACUAUGGCAUAUUUUGUGUUGCAAAAUUUCUUUAUUGUUAAGUUGUGCUCUUACAUUAUUGUUAAUUUGUGCUCAAUUAUAUCAUUAUAUAUUUCUUUGACUGUUGGCUUUUAUGCUAUAAAUGAAUUUUAUAGCAUUUAUUUUCAAAGUUUCAAUCUAAGAUCAACUAGUAGUUGUUGUCAAUGCAGGAAGCCAAUGAAAAACAUAAUAUCUUGAUCAUUUAAUAUUCCCAAGAAUGCUGAGCCACCAUUAAGGCAAACUUUUAAAGAGCUUUUCAGCAUACUUUGUGUUGAGGGUGGCUGCCACUGUUUCAUUGAGGCUGUACUCAAACAAGCCAAAGCCUGAGUCAACAGUUUGUAAAAUGAAUCUGCCUACUUCAAGGAGGGAUAAUAGCAUAAGUUACACAUUAGGUAACCUUGUAUUAAACCUCACACAAUGGCAGCUUAUAGGGUGAAAAACAGUGCACUCAACAGAAUAACAACACUACAGUUAAAUACAUUAUACAGUGUUCCCUUCUUAUUCACAGAUUAUUCUAAAAAAAAAAAAUGAAAUGUUCUUAAAUAUGCAACUUGAAUUUUCAAUUAUUGCAACACAUAUGGCAACAGUGUUAACAGAUGUUAUGGGGGGCCAGCGCCCCCACCACCACCGCUGCAUUCCUCACUUGCGUGCCAUCCUAAAUGGUCAUCAAUGUUGCUAAUUUUUUUAUUGUCCUCAUCACGUGCUUUCACAUGGCUCCCAGAUGUAGUUUAGUCACAUCAAAGACAAAUAUUAAUAGAAAAUAUAUCAAAGUGCCCAAGAGAAGCAGAAAAGUAUUGACAUUAUCGGGAAAAAAAAAAUGGUAUUUAACAAGCUUAGAAGCAGUGCUAGUAUUCACAGUUUUAACCAUUUGUGCAGGUGUCCAGAAUGUAACCCCCAUGAAAAAUAAGGGAACACUGUAUGCAGUAAUAACUAUGAUGGUAGCAGCAUUGAAGAAGUAUACUGAAGAUUGAAGUUCUGAAUUUCUUGAUAUCCUUGCUUCCUUGCAAGAGGAAAAUGUAUUGUGCCUUACAGAGCAGGGAAAGGUUGAGGCAGGUCCUGUUGUAAUUACUGGAGAUUCUGAAGAGGCAGACAGAUGAAGACUAGUGGAGAGGGAGGACCUUGCAGUAAUGAUCUGCUUCACUGCUCUCAGUAUGGCACACUACGUGUGUGAAAUUUCAGAUAGGUUAAGACUUAUAUGCAAGUUUUGCUUCAGCUAUAAGUUCAAAUUAUGUUUUUAUCUGGAAAAUGAAGUGCAUUGGUUUGGGGAGGCAUUAACUGGGCAUUAGUUGGUGGAAAACACAGCACCAGAGAGACAGAGCCAAGCAACGGCAUUAGUCACUGGCUACUGCUGCUGCUCAGUCAUUCAGCGUGUGUUCUAUAGCCCGUCAGGGCCCAACCAGACUGCUUCAGGCACUCACUGAGGAGUAUUUUUCUCCAAUCAGUAGAUCUCUUGCACAGUUCACACAGAAGAAAUACAACAUUUUGCUUUGACAUAUUUGUGUCACAGGUCUGCCGAGUAUUUUAUGAAAUAUUUUGUGGUAAAUUAUAAACCUAUUGGAAUAUUUAUCAAUAUAAUGCUUUUUAUAGCCUGGCUGUGUUGAGCAAGUGGCCCUUUUCUAUCCAACACAUAGAUCAUCUUUCUGCCUCACAGCGCCAGUGGCUGUAAAACUGCCUUCAGUCCAGCCAGUGGACGGACUGGUGCUGGCAGCUUUGAUGGAGAGGGAUAGGAGGCAAUGAAGAUGCAAUGCAUGGAAGGAACUUUAUUCUUCUAUUUUGUAUACUCACUAACCUCACUGAAAUAUUAUUCUUUCAUUAUCAUCAAAACCCAGCUUCCAUUAUAGAGAGGGUGCAGGUCAGGCCUUGUAGAACUGGAAAGACGUCUAUGUCAGAAGAGAAAAGAAUACCGAGUGUAUUGACUCACUACCAUUCACAAAGAGAACGAAAGAUAGUACAUAAUAUUGUUAAAGUAAUCACUUUGUUGUUCUAUGACUGACUCCUCUACAAGUAGCAUACUGGUGAAUGUGAUGGAAAAGCAUAUCAGCUUUCCCCCCCAUUGUACAGUGUUAGAGAUUUCUCAAGGAGAAGGAUUCCAUUGGUUGGUGCUUGGUGGAAAGAAGUGAGUCUUAUCUGUUGGUCUAUUCUCUAUUGUCAACAGAUCAUACAGCUACAGUGAACAUUAUAGUCAUGUGCAUACUUAAAAUAUUUUGAACUUAUAAAGUUUGUUAUUUGUAAUAUUCCUUGUAUGAAUAUCUUAUUUGUGCAACCAAAAUAUCUCACUAGUGCAGUGUCUUGUGCAUUGUUAUUUUUCUGAGUUGAUGUUAACAGGAACCAUUGAUCUACUUGCUCAUAAUCUGAAUAACAAGACAGCUCCAUGUCCAGAUAGUUCAUACAGAUGUCUUGACCUAUGCCAGCUGCCAGUGCUGCACACUGAUCUCAGCAAGCAUGAUGUCAUUGUGGAGGUACCCAUUGGCACACACCUGAUUGUUCCGUCUGCCCACAAGGGAUUGGAAUGCCCAUCAUUUCAACAAGAGCUGUUGGAGGUUGGCAGCAGUAUUCUAAAGGUCUUCUUACAAUUUUCCUGAAGAAUAUGUGAUAAAUUGUAAGGAACAGCAGCUAAUACAGACCAGGACAUCAUUUGAAUAUUAUCAAGACCAUACAAUUCUUCCAUUCCAUUCUUUUCACUGCUAUUUAAAGGACUUGGAGGUUGAAAUAAAUUGUAGAGGGCCUCUGGCAUCCAUAUUGGUGACCCUGAUAUUUGUUAUAGCUAUGUUUUUGCCCAUAACAUUAAAUAAAUUGUGAUUUAGAUGGGUUAGCCAUUUUGUAUAAGGCUAUACUAAUGUUUCUUUGAUUAUCUGUGGUCACCUGUUGCUCUGUUGUGGGCAGUGGCACCCUCAGGAAAACAUUUUAUAGAGGCAGCAGCUCUGGCCUGAGGCAAAGGUUAUUGCACCAAUUACUGGCAUUGGCGUGGUGUUGAUGGGUUAUCGAUGUCUAACCCCCUGUAAAUUUAGCAUGUGCUGUUGUUGGCAGCCUUGGCACAAGCCAUUGUUGUCAGCUAAGCUUCCUGUGUCUCAAUUUAAACCUCCUGGUCUUGGAUGUUCUUGUUCAGCUGUUUCUGUGGUCUCAAAUUACUCUUUCAGUUUAGUGCUGGAAACAGGGUUAAGUUAUGACAGUGAUGAGAAGUAAUUUUAUGCUGUUCAUACAUACUGGUAAUUUACAAAACCUUUAAUGCAAACUCUGUGGAAUUUCAGACCUUUUCUCUCACCUCAUCACACGUAAUUCUAAUCACUGUCAUCUGUAUACAUAGCAUUUAAUUAUAGCAUAUGCAUUGUUCUUUCAAUUAUUUUUAUCCCAUGAGGCUGCAUCACAUCUAAUCUAGACUUAUUUAAAGAAACAUCAUGUUCAUAAAACUGAGUGCAAAUUCCAGACUUGUCCAUUAAAAACAACAGUUUAUAAGUUUGAAGUGAUGACACUGCAAGAUACAAAUUUUGUAGUAGUGCUGUUCUCUCAUAGCACUGCAGAGGGAGUGAAGCAUCCAAAGGUCUUGCUCUUAGUGACUGCUGGAGACCUUAGUAAAAAAUAGACAGAGACUGACAAACUUGCAUCUUAGCGAUUGUAAAGAGUGGUAAUUGACAAAAGAAAAGCAUCAAGUUUUCCUUGUGGCAGUUACUGUCAAUGAUAUUUUAUUGCCACAGGUAAAUACUCAAACCUUAUCAAGAAAUACUAACAAACUGAGAAGACACACAAACACAAGCCGUAUAUCACUUUACUUAUCACUGUUUAUUCUCGCUGUGCAUGGACUGUAUCUGUCUAUUGUUUGUGUGUAAAUACCUCAAUCAUAGGGUGUCUAGAAAUCAACAGAGCAAGACCAAAGACCACUAUGCAUGGAGAGCUGAUCCUGCUUACAUGCCAGACUCAAGUGUAAAUAUUAUCACAUUGCUUGGAGGACUUUGACCCUCUUAGAUUUGAUUUAUAUCUCUUAAAAGCUCAUACUGUGCAAGGUUAUAAAAAAUACAAACCCUAAAAAAACAAACCCUCUGAAUUGCCAUCACCUAAGAGACAUUAUAGUUGCAAAGACUGGUAAUCUUCUGCCUCAUUAGUAAGUGCUGGGAUGCUAGACAACGAAUUAUUGUUUUCUUACAAAAAUGAUGUUACCAAGAUACAAAGACAAAUGUAAAGAAAAGGAGAGAUUACAAAAUCCUGCCCCAAACACUUAAAACAUCUUGUAAAUAGAGCUGUAUACUACCAAUGGCCUUCAGUUAACAAAUAUGAACUUAAGGUUUGAAUGUCAGUUUGCUGAAAUUGCUUUUAACUUAAGGCUGUACACUUCUUAUUUCCCGAAGUGUCUGCUAUUAUUGGGGUAAAGUGAGGAGCCAAACUAAGAGCAAAACAAAUUUCUUUAAUCAAAAUACCCCUAAAAUGCUGUUCCUAUAAAUGAUGAUAAAAUAUACUGAGAAAUAAGCAUCAGUUUUGGUCUGAACUGAAAGGUUUGUUAUGUAUGGAUUUUAUGCAUUAACCUUAACUUCUUUCACGUGUGUGUUUUGGCUGGAUGGUACUAUAGUCCUGUGGCUGAUCCUCAGAUAUAAGGUACAUAAUGGGAGAUUUUCAAAGCAGUUUCUAUGUAUAGGGGACAGCAAUGUACAUCAGUACCUCUACCCUAAGUUAGCCGCUCACUCCAAACAGACACAAAAAUUGAUGAUUGCAGUGCUGCCUCUUACAUAGAAGAAGCUUUGACAGUUCCAAUUAGAUACUUAUUAAGAGAACAGAUGAUUAUCUUGUCUCUACUAAAAUGUCUUGAGCAUCACCAUUACUACAUUCAGAGAUGAUUUAAUUAGACUUUUUUCCACUGUUCAGUUAGUGUAGGGACAUAGGAACAAAAAGAAAAACUUGUGUACAUUGUAUGUUGGAUUCAGAGUUAGGGAGAUAUAUUGUAUAUUGAAGUUUUUAAGAUCAUGUAAUAAAGAGUGAAUUUCA